AUGCUGGGGACACUGGUCUGGAUGCUCGCGGUCGGCUUCCUGCUGGCCCUGGCGCCGGGCCGCGCGGCGGGCGCGCUGAGGACUGGGAGGCGCCCGGCGCGGCCGCGGGACUGCGCGGACCGGCCGGAGGAGCUUCUGGAGCAGCUGUACGGACGGCUGGCGGCCGGCGUGCUCAGCGCCUUCCACCACACGCUGCAGCUCGGGCCGCGCGAGCAGGCGCGCAACGCCAGCUGCCCCGCCGGGGGCAGGCCCGCCGACCGCCGUUUCCGGCCGCCCACCAACCUGCGCAGCGUCUCGCCCUGGGCGUACAGGAUUUCCUACGACCCUGCUCGCUUCCCGAGGUACCUGCCUGAAGCCUACUGCCUGUGCCGAGGCUGCCUGACCGGGCUCUUUGGUGAGGAGGACUUCCGCUACCGCAGCGCACCCGUCUACUCCCCGGCCGUAGUGUUGCGCCGCACAGCGGCCUGCGCAGGAGGCCGCUCAGUGUACGCCGAACACUACGUCACCAUCCCGGUGGGCUGCACCUGCGUGCCCGAGCCGGACAAGGCCUCGGACAGCGCCAACUCCAGCAUGGACAAGCCAGGAGCCAAGCUGCUCCUCGGGCCCAACGACAGGCCAGCUGGGCGCUGA